AUGAAAUUCAAUGGUGGAACAUGUGAAAAUAUUUAUGGUGAAUUACUUGAUUAUGAAAUAAUACAACACGAAAAUAAUUUAAUUACGGAAUGUCGAUUAGAACGACGUAUUGUACAUCUACAAAAAUGGCUUGGUUCAACAAUUAUUUUAACUUAUUUAGCUGCUCUUAUUGGAGUUCAUAAAAAUGAUAGCAGUUUAUUAUUAUUCUUAUCGAUUAUUUUAUUAAUAGGUGUGAUAAUAAAAGCUUAUUUAAAAGUAAAACGUGAAUGUGUUAUUGUUGGAGAUCAAAUGGGUUUACAAUUGACAACAACUUAUGUAAUUGGAAGACAAACAACAAUUUUUAUUAGUUCAAAUCGAAUAAAAGAUAUUUUAAUAAAUGAAGGUUUUCUUUCACAACGUUUAAUUUAUUAUUUAACUUUAAUGAUAAAUGCUAAUGGUGAUAGGUCGAUGUUACCACUUUUCAUAAAACUUCUUCCACGUUUAUCUUUGUUAAAAUUAUUCUAUAGACAUCUACAUACUGUUAUUCAUAAAUAUCGGCACGAGGAUCAACAGCGGCGUCAGCAACUGUUGACCAUCGUGGACCGAGGCAGUUCAGAACAAUUAUUUAGCUUUUUACAACAAUAUCAUCGAAGACCAUUUCGAAAUCUUGUAGAAGUUAUGGCAUAUGAUGGAGUUAUUGAUGAUCAAAUCGAUUUUAUUGAUUGUACAGCAACACGUUAUAAUGUUACACCAUUAAUUAUUGCUGCUGGUAAAGGUUCUUAUGAAAAAACAAAAAUUCUUCUUGUACAUGGCGCCAAUCCAAAUAAACAAUGUUCAACAGGUGAUACGGCUUUGAAUUUGGCUGUUCAUCGUCAAAAAUAUCAUAUCGUUGAUUUACUUUUGAGAUAUCAUGCUAAUCCAAAUAUAUAUAAUCAAUCAGGCAAAACAGCCUUACAUCGUGCUGCUGUUUCAUAUAUUGAUGAAAACGCAAAUCAUGUUCGAGCAUUACUUCUUGCUGGAGCUGAUCCAACAUUAGAAGAUCGCAAUCAACGAAUACCACUUGAUGAAGCUGUUAUGGCUAAUAAGCCAGAAAUUGUUGGUGCUUUGCUUUCUCAUGAUCGAACAUUAGUACAACGAGCCCAUCGAGCAGGAAUGAUUGCCGCACGUUUUGGUCACGAUAAAUGCUUGCAAAUAUUACUUGAUUUUGGCAUGGAUCCAAAUAUAACCGAUCGAACACGUACAACACCACUUCAUGUUGCAGUUCGUUCAUUAAAAUUAUCUGCUGCUCGUAUUUUGGUGUCUCAUGGUGCUGAUCCAAAUAUAGCAAAUAAUCGUGGUGAAACACCAUUAAGUAUAGCUGAAUAUUUACAACCUGAUCAAAAACAAUCAUUUAGCAAUGUACUUCUUCAUACACCAAGAGCAGAACCAUCUGAUUUUCAUCGAUAUACAAGUGGAACAAUUCAAGCAAAUGUUAUACCAUAUGUUCAUCCAUUACUUCGCAGUCAUCCAAAUUGGACAUUAGAUAGUGAAGAAUUUCGAAGUCAAACGGAUGCAAAUUCAUCUGUACAAAAUCUUCUUGAUACUUCAAGUGGAUCAUAUUGGUGUUGUACACAGAAUAAAGGUGCUUGGGUUAUUUUUGAUUUAAAACAUCAAUAUAAUAUUAGUGGAAUGAGAAUAAUUGGAAGUGAUAAUCAAUCGACACCAAAAAGUGGUCGUAUUGAUGUUUCAAAUGCUUUUAAUGGUCCUUGGUUAAAAGUUAAAGAUUUUAGUUGUUCAUUAUCUCAAGGCAAUAAGAAUGAUAUAUUUUUUACACCGUUAAAAACUCGUUUUAUUCGUGUAUUUAUAACGGAUAAUUAUGGUGGUGAUGAUAUUCGUAUACAAGGUAUUGGAUUUUAUGGACUUGAUAUGCGUCUAGUAGAAUUACUUCGUGAAUAUGGACUUGAAAGAAGUCUUCAUACAUUAUUAGCUAAUGACAGAUAUUUGGAUGUUAAUGAUCAUUUUCAAUUUAUACGAUUAACAGAAUCAUUAAGAUCACCAAAAUUAACUUUUCUUGAAUGGUUUAAUCCACCUCAAUCGACUGUUAUUGCUGGUGAAAAAUUACAAACAUUUAGUGCUGCUGGUGAUGAAGCAGUAACAGAUCGUGUUAAAUUAGAAGAAAAACCUGAAAAUAGUCCACAAGUAAGAACAGUACUUAUGCGAGAUCUUGAACCAAUUCAAGGACGUUCAUUAGUUGAUUUUCCUGAUUAUGUUAUAAGAGAUCCUGGUCGAUAUAAAGUACGAGUUAUAAGUGUUGACUCACCUAAUAUACAAACUCAAUGGCACGACAUAGUUGUCGGUAAGUUUAUUUGUUCUUCGAGAUAG